AUGGCUGGUUACAUGGAUACUAGUGCACAAGAUUCAUUACCAAGCGAAGCCCUAGAGAUGUGGAGUUCUGAGAUCAAAUCUGGUCAGCUCCUUGUAGAUAAUAUUGUUGAUGCCAAGACUUCCCUUGAGGAUGGUUCAGAGGAAACAUUAGGGGUUCUGUUAGGUAGGGUCAAAUCAGCUGCAGCGAGCUUACGUUAUUUGAGCUCAAAAGCUACGAUCUUGACCGUUCCUGGUCUAAACCAUCCAGCACUCGAAGAUGUUAGUUCAUUUUCUGAAGUGGCUACAGAGGAUGGAGCAUCCUGUAGUUUGAAGAUGCUCCAGUCCAUACAGAUGGUUGCGGAUGUGCUUGAGUCUCUUUUGAGGAAGGUCACAUCGGCAGAAUCUGAAACGUCGUUUCAAAAGGAGAGGCUGGUUGUGAGGGAAGAAGAGAUUAGAAGGAAGACAGUCCAAAUCGAGAACAUGUCCUUGAGGUUGGGAGAGAUGAAACGGAUUCUAAAUGGGAAUAAAACUAUGCUAGACGAAACAGAGGAGAUAAUCAAGAAACUAGUUGAAGAUAGUAGGAGAGCUAAAGAAAUAGCUGUGGAAAACGAAGAGGAGCUACGUCGUGUGAAGACAGAGUGCGAGUCACUUAGAAAUUACGUCAAUACUAUUACUUCCCCUGAUGCUGUAGAAACACUUCUUUCAUCAGAUGGGCAAUUACACUGCAUGUUGGUUGCUAAGUCGACGCAACUGGAAGGCGAGAAAGCGCAGAAAGAGGUGGAGAUUCAGAAGCUAAUGGAGGAGAAUGUGAAGCUAGCUACUCUUCUUGACAAGAAAGAAGCUCAGCUUCUGGCCUUGAAUGAACAAUGCAAAUUCAUGGCUUUGAAUGCUUCAAACAUCUGA